AACUUGUAAUAGCCAAACCACUAAGCCACAAACUUUUAUCUCCUCACAGAUUCUACACAUCGGUAAACACCAAAAUGCAGCGCCGUAUGCUCACAAAAGAGGAAGAGGGCGGCAACGAGGACAUGGAAGUCCGCCGUGAAGACCAAGAGAAGAUCAACCGCUUUUCGAGUCUGCAUCAGAAAGAGACGGGGCUGGAGGAGGAAUUGAGAUCGAAGAUUAAGGAGAAGGAGGAUCUUGAGGAGGUUUCGGGAGAGCUGGAACUCGUGGAUGAGGAGGAGAAAGUACCGUAUCAGGUUGGCGAUUGCUUCAUUUCGCUGCCGCAGCCGCAGGUUCUUGAGCUGCUGGAGGCUACGACGGAGACGAUUGAUGAAGAGGUCGGGGUGCUGAAGGAGAAACUUGAGAAGGUCCAGGAAGAGAUGGGAGAGCUGAAGAAGGCACUGUAUGGGAGGUUUGGAAGGAGUAUCAAUUUGGAGACUUGAGUAUAAUGGUGCAUGUGUGGCAAUAGAUCGGGUGUGGAAUCGAGUUGAGAUACUGAAGGCCUUGCAUGAUCUCUCUGAGCGGAGUAUUUCUGACAUGGUGCAGUCAGUUGAUAAGUGUCACGGCUGCAAGAUAUAUCCUGCAGCGAAACUGAUGCUCCAAUGGCCAAACUUUCCUUGUAACUAUGUAUCUUUCAAGUCUACAGAGUGCAACUCACAUACAAUACGUAUGAUAACCUUGAACUCUUUCCAGGGUUCAAGCGGCCAAAUACUCCCCCGUCGAC